AGUCCACUCUUUUUACGCACAAUAUACUGUAACACUCAUGUAAAAUUUUCCCUCCGUUUAUGGUCCUCUUGCAUCGGGCCGCCCAGCAUGUGGGCCCCCCUCGCCCGUUGGACUAAAAUGAAAUUGAUGAUUCAAUAUUUAUUUUUACACACCUCCACGACCCUACAAACAUUCAUCCCUCACUUGAUGAAGAUGCGCUCUUGCUGCAGGUCGUGGCCAGUGGUUUCUUACUGAUUGAUAUCAAUUGCAAAUAUGUCUUGGUCUGGAAACUUGUGAUGCAAGUCAGGGAUCAAUGCGCGCACUGCAAUUUUCUGCCAAGCAUGACAAGUUUUCCGUGGUUCUGAGUUGCGUACUCUGCAUGAGAAACCUCGUUUUUGCAUGUGAGGCGAGGGAAGCUCUUUGCGGCCACGCAAUACAGAGCUCAGAGUCCUGCGAGACGCGCACGACAAGUCUCGCAACCUUCCAGAGCCAGACAUUUUUGCAUUUGAUACUCCUCUCCUGCAGGCCGCGGCGCGACAGGCGGGAAAUCUACCGCUUCUUUCCAUGGCAAGGAGAAGUCGUGUCACUUAAAAAAAAAUGUGAAGAAGUACAAGCUGGUCUUCUUCUAUGGAGAGAAAAAAGCUUGUCAUAGUCACUGGCUUGCAGUUUUUGCAUGAGAAAUUUUUUAUGCAUCACAGGUUUUUCUUGUAUUGCACAACUACAUAGAGAUGAAAUCCCAUAUAAAAUUAGACUGUGAUGCAAUUUUACGCAUGACAGAAAUUUUUGUAUUGCAAAAAUGCGCAUGAGUGAUCGUGACGAACUUUUUUUGUUCCAUAUCUUCAGCAAGAUGAACAGCAUGACUUUCACGAAGAUCAUAACGAGGGCGACCCAAGUAUUGUGAGUAAAAACGUCCCCACCCCAUAGUCAAGUUGGUAAAUCUGCUAGACAAAGCUCCAAGUUUUGGGAGUCGUGCAUGACAAGUUUACAUCUGUAGUGUAGUGCUGUUUAGCAAGGACAACCGCAUCACAAAGACGCCUGCUGAUCCUGUUUACAGCAUUACAAAUCCCAAAACACGAUUACAGAUUCCUCCCUUGCGGAUGUGCAUUACAGAUUUUUCUGUAGAUGCAAAUCUGCAUGACAACUCUGGGGUGGGGACGUUUUUACACAGGAUACCAAGCCGUGUUCUUGCCGGCACCGUCGCGGAGUCGUCGGGGGCUAUCCUACUACUUUUGGAGCAGGCGUGCAUAUGACAGUGCACAACUCCCCCUCGUGGUCCCCCUAAUUUUCAUAGCAUGAACGGCAAAUAAAAUUAAUACAAGCAGGAGCAAGAAUUAUGCCGGUGCUGCGUGACAAAUUUGCACUGCAGUGUAGUUCUAUUUGGGCCCUACCAGAAGAUCUUGUCAUGCAUAAUAGUGACAGGAGGGAAAGAACAAGCGUGGAUUCAUGGUAUUCUGCGUGAGAAAUGAGAACGACGGGGAGUUGUGCAGUGGCAUAGUGCAGCAGCAAUAUUCGUGAUUGCAUUUUCUGCAUUUGACGCUAUGCAGUCUGUCGCUGGCUUGGCCAUGACCGCUGCAGGAACCCGAAGAACUACUUCUACGAGCACCAGGACUAUCGCGAGGAAAAAUCCCCCCUUCCCAUGUUGACAAGGUACGUUUUCGAAAAUUUGUGUUGCUGAUUUGUGACCACAAAUCGCGUCUGUGUUGCAGGGAGGCACCUCCAGGGGCUCCGCGGAAUCAUGCAGGCGGUUUGUCAUGCUGUUGGGCAGCCUACAGUGCGGGCGUUUUUCAUGCUAAGCGCCUAGGCCACAGUCUGCCUCUCUGUCUGCUCAGGCUUGCUAUAGGCCUGCAGUCCACCUCUCCAGCGAGACAAAUCUGAUUUGUGUACGCAAGUCCAGCGUCAGAAACUUCGUUUUGAUAUGGGGAGGGGGGGCGUUUCCUUUUGACAUCCGCCGGAGUCCGGGCCGAGGAGGUGCGGAACGUUGCUGGGCAUGAUGAAAAAGUCGCGGAAGAUGAUGAUGCUGAGGCGCUUAUCCUGUGGAAAAACAUCCCCACCCAUAGUCAAGUUGGUAAAUUUGCAACACAAAUCUCCAAGCUUUGGGAGUUAUGCAUGACAAGUUUGGCCAUGGCCUCGAAGUGUAAUCCUGUUUAGCUAGUGCAGCAGCAUCACAGUGGUCCUAGCAUAUCAUGCGCAUUGGAGCGCGACAAACUCCGGAACGCGACUAGAAAAUGCCUCGCAUGGAGCUCCGCAUGAGAAAUAUUUUCAGCAUGCAGAUUUGCAUGACAACUCUGGCGUGGGGACGUUUUUACAAAUGAUAGGGCUGCCCGUUGUAUUUUUAAGCAGUCCCGUUCCGUCAGCACCGGAUUUGUUCUUUUCGUCGACCUAUCAAAUGCAAAAAUGUCUGGGUCUGGAAGAAUACCAACUUGUGAUGUGCAUUUCAGAACACAGAAAAAUCUCUCAUGCAUGGGUAGCAAAAGCUGCCCGCUUUCUGCCCCCAGAGUGGGGCGACAUUUGUCAUGCGGAUUCGGCAUUGCGAAAGCUUCUCGAAACCUGUAAUGCUAGAGCUUUCAUGCCAGACCUUCUGUGUCAUGCAGAAACAGCAUGACUCUUGCUCUUCCAGACCCAGACAUUUUUACAUUUGAUACGACCAGAGGGAAAAGGAAAACAAGAAGAAGUAGCAUGUCAUCUUUCAGCCAAGAACAAGCUGAGCAGGCAAAGAGCGAAGAAGUCGUGGUGCCCGCCCACGGUGGUCAAGAAAAUCUUGACAUGGACGUCGUGAAUGCGACCGGGUCCUCGCUAUUUGAACUACGAGUACAAAGUGAAGAUUAUCAACACGGGGGCCCAGCAGGAGCUGGCCCAGCAGGAGCUGCGCAGCUGGCCCAGCAGCAGGAGCUGCUGCAGCAGGAGCAGCGCACCUGGCCGUUCGCAUUAUCUAUUAUUGCUGGCCCAAAAGAAGUUGCGCACCGUCUUUUUAAAAGCAAGGCUCGACUUUUACUUGUGUCCGCCACGGCACGGCAGAGGGAGUUCGAGGGCCCUAACAAUCCCGCGGGCCUUUACGUGUAUUUCAAUGACACUCUGGCCUCUCCGAAGGAAUGGGAAGAGUUGACGGUUGGCGCACUGAAGGCCUUCCUACCCACCGAACAACUCGGUCCUGGGUACCAAGUGUGUGCUCUGGGGUGUCAUCGGGAGUUGCAGGAGAAAAUGGAGGAGCGGAAGCAAGGGGAAAAUGCUCCUGCCAGGGCAGAUUGGAAAAUGGAAAAUGGGAAAAUUGUCCUGCAUCGGUCGGGCAGCCUUCCUGUAUCGCGAAUUGUGCGCAAACACAUCGCAGCAGAAGAUCUGCGGCUGAGCACUGCCGGCUUCGACUGCUAUCAAAAGGAAAAAUCCCCCCACCCCAUAUCGAAAACGAAAUUUGUGAUGCUGUAUUUGAGUACACAAAUCGACUGCUAGAAGGCUAAGCGCCGCAGUUGUGGCCUCGUUUGCAGGCAAUUUGUCAUGCUGUUUCCCAUUUCCGGCUGCUUCCUGUCAUGCUGAAGAUGCAAGGCUGCCCCACGCCACCCAGCACUACAGCCCGUACCUUUUCCCUUCUAGCAUGACAAAGCUGAUCUGUGACUACAAAUCUCAUCUGCAUCAAGAGCAUUUCCGUUUUGAUAUGGGGAGGGGGGAUUUUUCUUUUUGAUAACUGCCAUAUUGGACAUGGAAUAGAUUGGGCUGAUGUUAGUAUGUCGUUGCCACAUACUGUGGCCGGUAGAACAAUGAACUACUUGGCCAAGUGUGCCGAGGAUUUAUCAAGUGCGAAUAUGUCUGGGUCUGGAAGAAUGCAACUUGCGAUGCUCCUGCAUUUGGAUUCCAAAUGCAUUGCAUGAGCAGCGCAUGCAAAUUUUUUGCUACCUACGCGGAGAGGGCAUUUGUCAUGCGAAAUAGGCAUCAAGAACCUCGCAAAAAAUCUGUGAUGCUAGGGCAUGCAUCACAGACGUCAUGGCUCAUGCAAAGCGUGCGUGACAAGUCUCAGAACCUCCCAGACCCAUACAUAUUUGCAUUCGAUAGGAGUUGCAGGUGAGCAAGAUAAUUGAGUACGGCCGGCUGGCAAGCGCAAGCUUUAGCUCGAUAUCUCACCCCAGAAAAAUCUCGGUCCUGUACGUGGUGCCGGCAGAAGAUCCGCACGGAGGAGGAGGGAGUAGUGGCGACCGCAGCUCUAUCGAAAGUAAAGAAAAACGUCCCAGCACCCCAGAGUUGUCAUGCAAAUGAUCUGCAAGGAGCCUCAAAUGUUUCUCAUGUGAAGCGGCCACUAUGACGAGAUGAGUCAUUUAUUAAUGCUGUGUCUGGCAGUUUGCGAUGCCAGAAUCAGGAGAAUCGACGAUCGAUCCUCGACGCCGCGGCUGCACUAGCUACACACGAUUAGGAGAUUUCUUGCUCGCACAAACUUGUCAUGCGCGACAGCCGAAAGUUGUUGACUUGUGUAGCAAAUAAAUCCCCAUUCCGAAUGUGCGGUGGUCGGGGGUUCGUUUUUACUGAGGAUAAGCUUGAUAUCAUCCUCAAGCUACAUCGACGAGAACAAUGGGGACCAGCACCCCAACACGGCGCGAUCGUUUUUUGAGGGACAGACCCGACUCGAAGUGGUUUCUAUGAACUGCAAAAGUAUCGUACUCGUAUAAAUGCAUUACAAAUUUCCUCAGCAUGAGAAAUUAAAUUUGUAAUGCUGACUUACCUUAAGAGUAAGAUUUGUAAUGCAAGUUUUGCAUUUGUACGAGUGCGAUACUUUUGCACAGGACAGUUUCCGCCAUGGAGCAACCGGAUCAGCGGCUCCGCGUAUCACAUGCAAAUAUGUCUCGUCUGGGUCUGGAAGAGUGCAAGACUUCUCAUGCAGGUUCAACAUGACGCAUGGGGUCUGGAAUGCAGGAUCUAGCAUGACAGAUUCUGUGAGAUCUGUACCAUGCCUAUCCUGCAUGACAAACUCACUCCCAACUUGGUCAAAAGUGGACAGGUUUUGGCACUCGUGCAACACAAAUUUUUUCAUGAUCCAGAUUUAGCAUCACAAGCUACACCCUUCCAGACCCAGACACAUUUGCAUUUGAUACCACGUGUAUUUCAACGAUACCCUGGCCUCUUAUGGGGGUUUCAGGAUCGAAAUCGACAAAAUCGAAAAACUUGUAAUGCGUAAAAUGUAGGGCGCGUUGUAUAGUCUCCUGUAUUGGGGAGCAUGCAAAUAAGACCGAUAAUUGCAAGCCUGUUUAUAGGAAGACGAUGUGCAGCUGCCAGAUUAGCAUGACAGUAGCAGUCUUCUUUGCCCAAACAGCAUGACAGACCGGAUUUUGGUGCUCCCGAAAUUUAUCAUAUGCCCCUUGGCUUUAAAAAAUGGCAUCGAUUUUAUGUAUAUACAAGUUAAUUCGAUUUUGUCGAUUUCGAUCCUGACGCUUCCAUACCUCUCCGAAAGACUGGCAAGAGCUGACGGUCGGGGCGCUGAAAGCCUUUUUACCCGGGUACCUGACCGGCGUCGUUGGGUAUCAGGUUUGCGUAUUCUGAGUAAAAACGUCCCCACCCCAGAGGCGUCAUGCAAAUCUGCAUGCUCAAAAUGUUUCUCAUGCGGAGCCCCAUGACAAGCGUUUUCUAAUCGUGUUUUGUAACUUGCAAUGCUCCAAUCAGCAUAAUAGGCUAGAGCUGUGAUGCUGCUGAACAAGCUAAACAAGAUUACACUACAAAAGCAAACUUGUCAUGCGAAACAGCCAAAGCUGGUUGAUUUGUGAGAUUUCCCAUCUCUGGUGUGGGGACGAUUUGGCUCAGGAUAUUGCGCGCGGGGGUGUCAUAUCAAAUGUAAAAAUGUCUGGGUCUGGAAGAAUGCAAGAUUUGUGAUGCAGGUUUUCCAUGACCCAUGAGGUCUGGAAUGCGAGACCCAGCAUGACAGAUUCUUUGGGGUCUCUAUCAUGCCUUUCCUGCGUGAGAAACUCCCUCUCAACUUGGUCAAAAGCGGACAGCUUUUGGUACGCACGCAACGCAGAUUUUUGCAUUUAGCAUGACAACUUGUAAUCUUCCAGACCCAGACAUUUUUACAUUUGAUAUGUCAUCCGCGCCUGCAGAGCCAGGUCGAAGAGAGGCACGCGAACUAUGGAUGUGUCAGGUUUGAAAUCGUCAAAGUUGAAAUAAUAGUUUGUCAUGCAUAAAACGGAUACCAGUUAGGCCUACAGUUUGUAGUCGGUGCAUGACAAAUUUUCCCGGUCCUGGAAGCGAGUCUCUCAUGCGGUUGAGGGCAAAAGAGCUGCCGUCUGUCAUGCUAGUCAGCAGUCCAACUUUUGACCCUUACCAGGACUAUAAUCUGCCUCCCGUGCGUCCUCUGCAAUAGAGUCACUUUUUGUAUCGCAUUUUAUGCAUGACAAAUCACUUCUGUAAUGCAUAAAAUGCAUGACCCGAGGCACGUGUGUUGCAGAGCAGGUAAGUGAGGCCGAUUGCAAGCCUGUUCGGGGUUACAGCUCGAGCUGCUAAAGUAGCAUGAGAAAAUCGCUCUUCUUUGCCUAAACAGCAUGACAAACUGGAUCUAGGGACCACCGAAAUUUGUCAUGCGCCACUUGAAAACUGGAUUCCAACUGGCAUUCAUUUUAUGCAUGACAAAUUAUUUCAUUUUGGCUCAAGCGCUUGGUCACCCCGGGCAAAAACAAACGAGAUAAAGUCCAAGAUGGGCGUCGCUAUAAUCCGGGACUAGGGUCUGCAGCUACCGGCGGAUCGAUCCAGGGCAAGCACGGCGAAGGUUCUUAACCCUGCCCUUCGGGGGGGGGCGUGCCGCAGGUUUUGACAAUCUCGUGACAGAGCGGUCCUGACGGAGCGCCCACUCACUCGACUCGAUCCGAUCUCUGCGAACUCUCGCAGAGGCUCGCUGUCCCUGUCGUCAUGGUGCUCAUCCUCGAUCCGUAGCCAGUCGGGGACUGUCCACGCCUCCAACCCCGUCUCAUCACCACACCAUCGACGUUUAGCAGAUGGUCGUCAACGACUCGGCGCUAUGGCGAGUGCGAUAACCCGCGGCACCCGACCGCUGAGAACGACGCGCUGUGCUUAGAGCGGCAUCUCUCUCUACAAUUACGUCCCGGCCUCAGCGGCGCCCUGCUCUCUGCACGACGUCCUCGUGCUUGCAUUCAUCCGCGCAAGAGCCUUCAGCCACCUGCGGCUACACGCGCGCGGGCACCACUAUGUAACUACCAAUUGACAGAUGAACUGAGACAGGUGGUAGUAGCGCCUCGGCUGUCCCUGAUAUUUUGCCUUUGUUGGCGGGACCGCCUUUUCCUCUUUAUCGCCCUCGGGGCGUCUGGCCUUUGCAUCGUUUGUAUUCUGCGGUCCUGCUGUGAUUUUGUGUUGGACAAGACACUGAUACAAUGCGUCAAAGGCCGAUGAGGCUGCCAGUUCUCUCGGCCCGCUCUCAUCUGUCAAAACUUUUCCUGGUGCCCCGAGCCCCAGCAUAUCUGCGGCGAUUAUACUCUCUGGCGACACCUGACUGCGCGGCGUUAGGUGCAUUAACCCGGACCUGCACCUCCUAAUUUUACCGGACCUUUCUAAACCUCAUCGCAGACUGUAUUUGUGCCUGCGGUGGCCGUUGGGUUCCGAAUAGAAAAUUUUCGUAUGCAUGGAGUCAGCUGCAGGCUGCUGCUUCCUUAUAGCAGUUUGCCUGGUAGGCUCCUGCACAGUCCGUGAGCGCAAUGAGUUGGUACGUUGGCGAACGUUAAACGUACUCUGUUGGCAAUAAGUUGGUUUGUUGGCGAAAAGUAAGGUUUGUUGGCGAACAAUAAACGCAUCCGUUGGCGCAAUGUAAGGAUCGUUGGCGAACGUUAAACGUACUCAGUGGGCGAAAAGUUGGACUUGUUGGCGAAAAGUAUGGUUUGUUGGCGCAAAGUAAGGAUCGUUGGCGAACGCUAAACGCAUGUUGGCGAAGUGAGGACUGUGUGCGAAAGUAAGGAAAAGUUGGCGUAAGUGGGAUCAUGUGCCCGAGGAUGAUGGUGAUGGCUUCGGUCCGCCUGACUCCACGACCUGGUGGCCGAACCAUCUGCGGUGAGGUGCCCUUACAGGUUGUGUAGUGGUUUCGGUCGGUUUAGCAUGACAAAUCACUUCAACUUUGACGAUUUCAAUCCUGACAGUUCCAUACGAACCCCGCAACGCUGGAGAAGAAGAACGCACUUGUAUUGAAAGGAAAAACUCCCCCUCCCUAUAUUGAAGCGGUAUGUUUCCGAAAAUUUGUGUUGGUGAUUUGAGGUCACAAAUCACAUUUGUCUUGCAAGAAAACAAGGGCAGAAACUUCCGCCCCAUUAUGGAAGCGAUUUGUCAUGCUGUUGGGUCUAAAGGGGAGCCGUUUGCAGCCAUGCUGAACAACUAGACCCAUACGCCCCUACCCAGCCUGGGGAUCUGGCCGCAGUGCCAUCCUGCAGCACAAAGCUGAUUUGUGUACACAAAUCCUGCAUCAGAAAUUCCGUUUUGAUAUGAGGCGGGGGGAUUUUUCCUUUCGAUAACUUGAAGAUAAGGAGCUGGACCGGCGCGGCUUUGACUGCCGCCCGAGCGUCCGCUUAGGUAAUGCUUUGGUCAUAUGCAUUCUUGCAACUAUAGUAACGUCUGGGUCUGGAAAUAAAGUGCAGAGUAGUUCUUUGUGAUGCAGGUUUAUUUGCAUGCCCCAGAAGCAGGUCGUGAUCGUGUGGAAUUAUGCAGGGCCUAGCGUGACAGAUGUUCUGUGACUUCUUUAUCAUGUUGCCUAUAAUACUGCAUGACUACUACUGGGUCAAACAUGGACAGCUCUAGGUUGUACUAGUCGCGCAACACAGUUUUUGUAGUGUGGCGCACAGGAAGAUGCAUGGCAAGUCACAUGAUCUUUGCAGACCGAGAUGAUAUAGUAUUUGCAAUGCAUGCUAUCACAGGAAAAAAUUGUCACAGUUCCACAUUUGUCGGAAUUUCAGCAUCACAAAGUUGCCCUAGAAGGCAACGAAAACUUGUAAUGCGCAGACCAGAAGGGAAGACGAAGACCCGCACGAAAUGAGGCUGGCAAGCAUUUUCUGCAUCACAGAGGUUGUCUGUCUUGCUGGUCUUGCAUCAGAGUGAGUAGCUGUGACACUUUUUCCUUGUGAUACCUGGGUCACCGAGGUAGGCGAAAUGGCCAAGUGUUCCGAGGAUUUAUGCUCUGCAAAAGUAUCGUACUCGUAGUAAUUGCUAUUACGCAUGACAAAUCUCUUUCCCAAGGUAAAACAGCAUUUUACAAAUUUCAAUUGUAAAAAUGCUAAGUGAAUUUGUAAUGCAAGUCAUACUAGUAGGAUGCUUUUGCAUUUCAUAGGAUUUGCAGGUGAGCAAGAUAAUUGAAGCCAGUUUGAUGCUGGCAUCAAAAGCGCAGCUGCACGGUACGAGUCGUGCGUCCUCUGCCACCAGUGGUAAAAAAGAAAUAAUGCCCGCCGAGCGGUUGUAUGUGGUGCCGCGACAGGCCGGGUUGGAGCAUCUUCUUCCGGAGGUGGCUACCACCUCCGCCCUGCUUGGAAAGCCGGCGCCUGAGACCCCCCCUCCGAAAACCGCCCGGGACCUCGUGGGUUCGCAGGUUGCGCUAUCGCAAGAAAAAAUGCCCCCUUCCCAUACUGAAAAGACAUACUUCUGAAAGUUUGUGAUGCUGAUUUGCGGACACAAAUCGUCUCUGUAUUGCAAGAAGGCAAAGCCAGAGACUCCGCCGGGUUGUGCGGGCAAUUUGUAAUGCUGUAUGGCUUGCAGAGGAUAAAUUUAAAUCUCCCUUGCUAGGCGCCAACACCAAAAAGGCCCAGCUCAGGCUUUGUAUCUGCGUGCAGUUCUCCACUGCAAGACAAAGCGGAUUUGUGUACACAAAUCCGGCAUCACAGAUCUACAAUCUGACAUGGGGAGGGGGGAUUUUUCAUUUUGAUAUGCGCAGAAGUGGCAGCGCUUCCUGCAGGAGGAGUGGGUAAAGCAGUGGGUUUAUCGAAAGGAAAAAUCCCCCGACCCCAUAUGAAAACGAAACUUCUCAUGCUGGAUUUGGAUACACAAAUCGUGUUGCGGUAGAGGAAUGCACGCAGAUCCUAAGCCUAGGCAAGGGCCUGUCGGUGUAGGCGCCUAGCAUGGUAGACGGCUACCCUGUAGGCCUUACAGCGUUACAGACUGCCUGCAUUGCGUGGCGGAAAGCCUGCGCGUGCCUUUUUCCAAGACAGACCCGACACAAAUCUGCCUCACAAAUUUUCAGAAGGAUGCGCUUUCAAUAUGGGGAGGGGGGAUGUUUCCUUGCAAUAGGGUUCCAACCAGAUCUAUCCCACGCAGAAACUGUUUCACUGUGAUGACCUUGCAAGAUGAUCUGCAUCACAAGUUUGUUACACAUGACACAGAAAAUUUGCCAUGCGCGCUUCCAAAGGGAAAACACCGCUAAAGAGUCGAGGUCUUGCAGGUGUGGCAAGACAAAUAGUUCUGUCUUCCAUUCUAUGCAUCACAAGUUCACAGUGAAGCAGUCUUUUCUUGCGAUAAGAUCCGAAUGGGAGGAGGGGGACGACGAGGUCGAGAGGGAGUAUGGAACUGUCAGGAUCGAAAUUGACAAAAUCAGAAAAUUUGCGAUGCACGAAAUGCAUGACGCGAAAUACGUGUGUUGCAGAGCAGGCAAGUGAGGCCGAUUGUAAGCCUGUUUGGGGUCAUAGCUCGAGCUGCUAAGGCAGCAUGAGAGAAUCAGUUUUCUUUGCCUAAACGGCAUUACAAACUGGAUUUAGGCACCGCCAGAAUUUGUGAUGCGCCACGUAGAAACUGGGUUCGAACUGGAAUCCAUUUUAUGCAUGACAAAUCAUUUCGAUUUUGUCAAUUUCGCUUCUGACACUUCCAUAGGGAGGAGCAACUCGUGCAGACGUGGUCGGGAGAGAAUUUCUGCGACACCGGGGAUGGGAGACCCAGCUGGACGGUCGAGGGCAUUUACACGACGUACGACAGCAGUCGUGUAGGGGGCGCGGAGGACAAGUACGCGCCCCUCCCGCCACUGCAGGCGCUGCUGUGUCACGCCUUGUAUCCGCCCCGCGUAAGCGGGCGGAGGCAACGGCCGGACAAGAAUUUUGCCGAGGUACAGGGCAUAUUCUGUGCAAAAGUAUCGCACUCGUAGUAAUCGCAGUCAUGCAUAAUUACAAAUAUCCUUCUUAACCUAAAUCCGCAUUACAAAUUCCAUUUUUCAUACUGAGGGAAUUUGUCAUGCGAUUUCUACUAGUACGAUGCUUUUGCAUUUGAUAGGGCACCUCUGGCACGUCCCCUUUCCCGGGUCAGACCCACGGCACGGCCUUCCCGAACCUGUUGUUUCUAGAUGGGGCCGACAUGCUCUAUGACGGGAACGACCAGGAUAUCACCAAAGCCUCCAAUUCGCACAGAAAAGUUAGGGACGCGGCGUCCCCUAUCAAACGCAAGAAUGUCUGGGUCUGGAAGAAUGCAAGAUUUGUCAUGCAUAUUUCUCAUGACCCAUGAUUGUCUGUGAUGUAUGCCCUAGCAUCACAGGUUUUUAGAACCCUUCCUAAUGCACCUUUCGCAUGAGAAACGCCCUGUUCGUGUAGCACAAAUUGUACCCCUCUUGCUGGUCAUGCAUUACAAAUUUUUUUAGAGUCCAAAAACAGCAUGACAAGUUGCAAUCUUCCAGACCCAGACAUAUUUGCAUUUGAUAGCCCCGAAUAUGAAGCCGCACCUCUUCGAAUUUGUGGCGCGCAACCUUGUAUCAAACGCAAAAAUGUCUGGGUCUGGAAACUUGUGAUGCUAAAAGUGAAUGGUAGACGGACUGCAAUACGCAGCUAUGCAUGACAAAUUUUCUGGCUCCCAUGUCUUACGUAUUCCGCAUGGCAAACUGCGUUUUUGCAUGACAGGUACGAGGGCCUUUGCGUGCCUAUGCAACACAGAUUCUCAAGUCAUGCCAGACAAGCAUGACAAACUUGCAUUCUUCCAGACCCAGACAUUUUUACAGUUGAUACCUCGAGCGGGCCAAAGACCAAAGCCGUCGCUUCAAAUUCUGGCGGCAGCAUAUUACACUGAAAAAUUACACCCCGCCCCCCCCCGAACUUGGGAGCAUUUGUAUUGCAAACCUUUCCGAAUGAAACGCCCGCCCUCUUGCAUCUAUCAGCAUCACAGAUCUCCGAUCGUGAAUAGCAAAAAUUUGUAUUGCAAAAGAUCCCAGCAAGAGCGGCGCUUGUCAUGCAAGCGAUGCGACACACACCUAGAUCUUGCAGCAGAAAGGUUCACACUCCUUUCACGCAUAGAUAAAAAGUUCUUCAUUUGAAAACCUUAUGCAUCACAAAUUUUUGCAACUUUGGGGGUGGGGGCAUUUUUCCCCGCGAUAGAGCACGACCCCACGGACCUCCACACCGAGCGGCCGCUGCUCCAGGACGCGGAGGGGGAACAAACUGUGGGCGAGCAGAUGUGUACUGUGAGGAAAAAUCCCCCCUCCCCAUAUUGAACAGGUAUGUUCCUAAAAAUCUGUGAUGCUGAUUUGUGACCACAAAAUCCUGUCUCUCUUGCAAGACGGCAAAUCCAAAGAAUCCGCCGCCUUAUGAAGGCGGUUUGUGAUGCUGUUUCACCAACAUGGCAGGCCUCUGCUUUGCUAAGCGCGUACAACAAAACACCCCUACGCAGGCUAGAGCUUUGCCUGUGGUGCCUCACAGCAAGACAGGGCUGGUGUGUGUACACAAAUCCAGCAACAGAAGUUUCCGUUUCAAUAUGGGGAGGGGGGAUUUUUCACUUUGAUAAUGUGGGCCAUCCGAGCCCGGGCGGGGGAGUACAUGCACCGGGUUCGUUUCGCGCCAGUUGCGCCGGUCGCAUAUCGUAUUUAAAGACGUCCCCACGACCCCAUAGUUGUAGUGCAAAUCUGCAUGCUGAAAAUGAUGUUUCUCAUGCGGAGCCCCAUGAGAAGCAUUGUCUAGUCGUGUUUUGGAAUUUGUCAUGCCAGAAUCAGCACGAUAUACUAGCUCUGUGAUGCUGCUGAACUAGUACCUCAAACAGCACUACACUACGAGUCCAAAUUUGUCAUGCAAAACAGACAAAACUUGUGGACUUGUCUAGCCGAUUCUCCAUCUUGACUAUGGUCGUGUGGGGACAGUUUUACUCAGGAUAUCGCAACGGAGGAAGUCACUUGGAAGCUGGUCCGGUAUAGGAACAGCUCAACAGCGGUAGUAAAUGAUCCAGAGUUUUUAUCCUCUACCCCGCCGCUGCCACCGCAGCAAAAUUACACCAGUCGCGGUCGUCCAAGUGGUGCAGCUGGCCACGACUCGAGUACUUCUGUUGUAAGUUCCCUGGUAGUGACCUACACGCGGGGGCACCGACUGCAUGUCGUGAAAGGGGACGCACGGAAAAAACAGUACGGCCGCGCAAAUGCGACCUUGUAUAUCUCGCUGGCGCUCGAGUUUCUGCUCCUUCCUGAGGACACGGCUAUCAAAUGUAAAAAUGUCUGGGUCUGGAAACUUGUGAUGCAUGUCAGUGAACAGAAAGCGCCUUGUAAUGCACCGCCAAGCAUGACAGAUUUUCUCGUGGCUCUCUGUUGCGUAUUCCGCAUGAGAAGCAUCGUUUUUGCAUGACAGACAAGAGGAGGUCUUCCGAUGGCCCUACGCAAUACAGAAUUCACAGUCAUGCCAAACUAGCAUGAGAAAUCUCGAAAUCUUCCAGACCCAGAAUUUUUGCAAUCCAUAACGACUAGGAGGGAGCGAUCAUCGGCCCUUUCGACCACUAGUACACCUACGGAUAAUUUGGACGCCAGCCUUAGCAGCACAACUGGAGGCCCUAGCAGCGGAGAAGUUGUAAGAGCCCCCUUGCCGUUAGAGAUAUGAGAGUGCUGCACAACUCCCCCUCGUCCUCCUCAUUUGUCAUGCAAAAUACCAAUGGAUCCAAGGUUUGUUCUCCAGCACUGUUUGCAUCACAAGCUCUGGCAAGGAAUGCCCAAAUAGAAGUACACUUUUGCGCGGCAAGUAAUUUGUCAUGCAAAACCUGCGUUCCUGCUCACGCUUGUAUUGCUGCGUAUGCCAUAUUACAAAAGAGGGGGACGAGGGGGAGUAGUUGUGCACUCUCAUAAGAGAAUAGCCGACUGUGGCUGGAUCGGGUGUGGCUGGAGCGGCGUUUCGCGGACGUUGAGCGGGACAGGACGACAGAAGCAUUAUUUUGA